AUGGCUACAGGUGAAGAUGAUUUCUUGGCUAUUUGUGCACCAGACAACAGUAACAAUGAAGUUCAGCAGCAAUUGGCAGAGCCCAACUCCCUCAGUUUUGAUAUGUGGAAUGGUUGUACUGUGAGAAACUUCAGAUCAAAGAUGGGACAAAACAAGGCAUUUAAACCUCUUUGUAUUUAUGUCCUUAAACAAGUGACAGAGUAUUUCAGUAAAAUGGAUAUCCAUUACCUAGUUUGCGGUGGUACAGCUCUUUCAGUUUAUAGGGAAAAUGGAAAGAUGAUCCGCCAUGAUGGUGAUGUUGAUGUUGCAAUUUUUGAGACUGACUUCUUAAAAGUUAUGCAAAAUAUGCCUUCAUUUUUAUCUACACAAGAUGGUAACAUUAACCUGUCUGAUAAGUGCCCUGUGACAGGAACAAGUUGGUUUGAUAAACAAGGAAAUGAAAUACCUUUCAAUGGAGUUGGCGGUAAACGGCUUAAAUUUUUUGCCACCAAGAAUCUAUGGGAUGAGUUUGGAAUAAGACAUGAUAUACGGUUUGAUCCUGCCCUAGCUCAUUUAGAUGUUUUCACUUUUGGUCAACAUCCUGAUAAUCCUAAUUGUUUUUGUUAUAAUUGGAAUAUUCCUGGAAGCUAUGACUUCAGAAGAAAGCUGUUCCCUAAGAUAUGCGUAUUACCACUCAAGAGAUACAACUUUGAAGGGGUUAGUGUUCAAGGGCCAAAUGAUCUAAAGACAUUCCUUGAAGUAGAGUAUGGGUAUCUUGGCAGGGAUGCAAUGUUUGACUUUAGUUCUCAACUUUAUGUGAAAAUCCCGCAAUCAGUUUAUGAAGGCUUACCAAAAAAUGUUAAGAAAGUUGUGUCUCGAGAUCUGCCCUAA